CAACAACAACGACAUACUCAAGCUCUAGAUCACUUCCAACUCUAGCUCACUCUCGAGUCCGGCCAUGGAUCACUUCGACUCCUUCGGGUCGACCGGCAUGGACGCCGUCUGGACGGGGCCUUGCGGAUGGCCGGCGGCCGCGGCGACGACGGGCGGGGAGCAGGAGGCGACGGACCUCCGGAGGGGGCCGUGGACGAUGGAGGAGGACGCGCUCCUGGCCGGCCACAUCGCCAAGCACGGCGAGGGCCGGUGGAACGAGCUGGCCUCCGCCGCGGGGCUGAGGCGCACGGGGAAGAGCUGCCGCCUCCGGUGGCUCAACUACCUCCGCCCCGACGUCCGCCGCGGCGACUUCACCCCGCAGGAGCAGCUGCUCAUCCUGGAGCUCCACUUCCGGUGGGGCAAACGCUGGUCCAGGAUCGCGCGGGAGAUGCCGGGGCGGACGGACAACGAGAUCAAGAACUACUGGCGCACCCGGGUGCAGAAGCACGCCAAGCAGCUCAAGUGCGACGUCGACAGCCGCCAGUUCCGGGACGUCAUGCGCCACCUCUGGAUGCCCCGCCUCCUCGAGAGGAUCCAGGCCGCCGCCGCCGCCACGCCCGCGCCGAGCCUGGAGCACGCGGCGUCGCCCGUGCAUCCUCUUAGUGUCGCGCCGGCCUGCCGCGGCGGCAUCGGCAUGUGCCACUCCCCUGAGACGACGACGGUGACCACGUCGAGCACGGCUGGUUCAUCGGUGUCUCUCGAGGUGCAUUUCCCGUCGAACCAGCUUGUCUUGACGGCCGGCAGUACGACGAACUGGUCAGGCUCAGGCAGCGACCAGUGCGGCAGCGCCAGCGCGAGGAGCGAUGACAUGCUCGACGGGAGCUGGUCGGAGCUCCUCGCUCGUGCGUGCGACGACGGCGCCGACUCUGUGGUGUUCCCCCACUUUGAAUUAGGGGAAUCCAGCGACGACAAGUGGAGCUUGGAAGACAUCUGGUCGCAACACCAGUACUGAAACUUGACUACUGAUCAAUUAGAAGUAUACUGUGCUACGUCAGCUACCUCGAUUUUAUUAACGACCAGAUUUACUGUAGUGUGAUCUGCUUGAUUGCUAAUCAACACAGUUAACAAAAUGGA